AUGGGAGGCCGUAGACGUGCUUCAACCACACAAGAAGUCUCCGAAAUGAGCCCAACUGGAUCGGAUUCUUCGGUUUAUUCGGAUAAAAAGAAGCAAACCCACCUUCGUUGUGAGCGACAGCGACGGGAAGCCAUUAACAGUGGUUACUCCGAUUUGAAAGAAUUAAUCCCGCAGACUGCUUCCGCUAUGGGUUGUAAGACUACUAAUGCCGCCAUAUUAUUUAGGGCUUGCGAUUAUAUGGCGCAACUAACUUCAGAGGUUGAAGCAAACGAGAAGGAAUUGCAACAACUAAGUGCACAAGUAUCGGCGUUGGAAAUGAUUGCUGCACAGUACGAGACCAUGGCCGCUGAAGCGCCUUCAAGCAAUUCGUCUUCUUUGCAAGCACGUAUGUUACAAAUCCUUCUCGAUGAUUGCUUCGCGUCAUUUGUUGAGCAAGUGGAUUUUUCUUCGUAUGCAACUAUCACCCGGACACUACUCACAUGGAUCGAAAAACUUGCUGCUCAUAAUGACCAAUUCAAGAAAACAGCAGGACAAAUGGUUACCUUACCAUUUACGCUUCGCUAA